AUGGCGAAGAAGCAGGAUAAGAAGGAGGACAAGAAGCCGGUCUCAUUCGAUGAGAUCAUUCAGUCUGAUCGCGAGAAGAAGAAGAAACAGGAACUUGCAAACUCGAUUCUGGGAAAGAAGCGCAAUGAGCGUCGCGCGAGUGCUCCAGCCGCAGGGGUUCAAAAAACUGCCAAACCGGCUAGCCUAGCCAGCCGCAUCGGACCUAAGCGCGCCGCAUCCACUGCCAAUUUGCGCGGCAACCAGCCCAAGCCCAAGCCGGCCGCCGCGACCCGCCCCUCCGCACAAGCAAAGAGACCCAUUCAAAGCAACCGCGACAAAAAUGCCGGCCGAAUUCUUGCCGCCGUCGAUCGCCGCACUCAGGCGACAGUCAGCGGUCCCAAGGGUGGAUUGUCCAUCAAGGGCGCAUCUGGCCCUUUCAUCGUAGUCGGCAGCAACUUUGCGCCGGGUACUACUGCGGCCGAUAUCCAGUCUGCCUUGGAGUCAACCACCGGCCCUAUGAUCAGCUGCCGUGUCAUUGAUCACCACCCCACUGUCACCGCCGAGUUUGUCUUCGAGAACAAAUUCAAUGCGGAGAGUCUCGUUGCCAAUUUCCACAACCAGCGGGCCGAUGGACGUAUUCUCUCUAUGGUUCUUAAGCCCACCGGAUCUGCAAUCAACAACAAUGUUUACAGCAACUCGCGGGCCCAGGCCGAUCGUGAGCGCCAGAACCGCCGGGAUAAACGCCGGGCCGAACCCGCCAUGAAGGAUGGUCACUACGAAUGGGAUGAGGACGUUAAGCCCUCGUACCAAAACAAAUCCGGACACCUCGGUGACACUAUGAUGAUUGAUUCGCCCCAGCCCCGACGCAACAAUAACCAGAAUCGCCAGCGCCGCUAA